AUGUCCUUUUUUUCAUCCUUUAGAGCAUUUGGUAGAAAUAAUAAAAAGGCAAAGCAAUCGCAGCCUAAUACUUCAAAUUUAAAUAAUAAUAAUGGUGUGAAUAAUAGUAAUAAUAAUAAUAAUACUACUACUACUACUACUACCAAUAAUAAUAAUAAUAAUAACAUUGGUCUAACGCAACCAUCUGCGAUGCAAGGUGCUGCGUAUAGCAAACCUUCUGUACCAAGUUCACCAUAUUUAACUGCACAUGGUUCAAAUUCCAAACUAUCUAUGAAAAAACAUACAACCGGUAAAAAAUUCUUUCAAACUUCAAAUGAUUCAAGAGCGCAAACUACGAAUGAUUCAAGACUGCAAACAAGCAAUAACAAUUCACCCGUCCAAACCCAACAGAUUAUGUUUUUAAGUGAACCAUUUGUAAGGACUUCGUUAGUUAAAGGUUCUUUUAAAACUAUUGUACAGUUACCUAAAUAUGUAGACUUGAAGGAAUGGGUAGCUUUAAACGUAUUUGAAUUCUAUACUAAUCUAAAUCAGUUUUAUGGUGUAAUAGCUGAGUAUGUUACACCCGAAGCUUAUCCAACAAUGAACGCAGGUCCACAUACAGAUUACCUAUGGCUGGAUGCUAAUAAUAGACAAGUGUCACUACCAGCAAGUCAAUAUAUAGAUUUGGCUUUAACUUGGAUCAAUAACAAGAUCAAUGAUAAAAACUUGUUCCCAACAAAAAACGGGAUUUUAUUCCCAAAUAAUUUUGCACGUGAUGUUCAAAGGAUAAUGAUUCAGCUUUUUAGAAUUUUUGCGCAUAUAUAUCAUCACCAUUUCGACAAAAUCGUACACGUAUCACUAGAAGCCCACUGGAAUUCUUUCUUUGCACACUUUAUCAGUUUCUGUAAAGAGUUUAAUUUAAUUGAUAGAAGAGAAAUGUUUCCUUUGUUGCCACUAAUUGAAAAUUUUGAAAAACAAGGAAAAAUAAUAUAA